GUCUGUCUCCAGCAGCUGUAGCUGGGAUUGUUGUUGCAGGGAUUGCUGUUGUUGUUCUCCUGGUGAUUGUUUUGAUUUACCAUCGCCAAAUGAUUGCAGAAAUACCGGAGACAGUGUCAGGAGUGGAGGGAGAAGAUGUCGAAUUAAAAACUGGUGUUACUAAAAUACACACAAGUGAUCUGAUAGAGUGGAAGGGAAAUAAAGACAAUCUCAUUGCUCAAAUCAAAGAAGGGACUAUCACUUCAUAUGAGGAUGUUCUUUAUGGGGUAUUCAGAGACAGACUAAAGCUGGACAUGAAGACUGGAUCUCUGACCAUCAAAAACCCCAGAAUUGAACACACUGGACCCUAUAAGUUUCUGAUCAACGAGAAAUGCAAGAAGAGAUUUAUUGUUUAUAUCAGAGUGAGGACACUGACAGUGAAGGAGAAUGAUUCUGACACUCUAGAGACUAAAACUGAAAUACAGACCGGUGAUGAGAUACGGUGGAUGUUUGGAGAUAAAGAUGCUCUCAUAGCUGAAAUCAAAGGAGAGACCAGAGAGAUGACUACAUAUGAUGGUCCUGAUGGGAGAUUCAGAGACAGACUGGAGCUGGACAUGGCGAAUGGAUCACUGACCAUCAAAAACAUCACAGCUGAUCAUGCUGGACUCUAUAAACUACUGAUCCUCAGCUCAGGAAGUACCUUGUGCAGUAAAUUCUUCAUUUAUGUCAAAGAAUCCACAGAGAGUGAGUGAAUAAAUCAGCGAGUGUAGUGAAGCCACUGAUGAAUGGAGAGAAUGUGGAUGAAGUGAAUGAGGAGGAGGGGAGGAGUUCACUUUAAUA